CGCUCGACUUUUCACAACUAUCGCAACAUGGGAAACAACCCCUCGAAAUCUGCUUCACGAUCCUGCACAAUCAACAGCUCUGAUUCUAUAUCCAAGCCAAAGGCCCUCUACGCAUCUCAUGAUGACGAUAUGGACAGCGGGGGCGGUGUUCACCGCAGCGCCACCGCCCGUGCAUCUUCGGGAGACUCAAAACACUUGGGUGUACCCUCUACUGCUCACCGUCGCAGCAGAUCUGCUCUAGCUUCGACGAGUCGUGCUCCGAAUCGCGAGUCUGUACCUCCCCCGUACUCUGUGGCGGUCGCGGAUACUGCGGGAUUGUUCAGUUCGCAAACACUUGCCGUUCCUCCCUCCAACGGUCAUGCACACGCGCGGCGCAGCAGCUGGAACAGCGGUGCCGUCGCCCCAGCGCAAGCCCCAUCGGUGCAGAGGCAGUCGGGUAUCCCACCUGCAGGUGUACCUCCGGUAACUGCUGCUGAACGCGCCGAGGCUCUGCGGCGACCCAUGCGACAGAACAGCGUCGAAGACGCCUUGGAUACUCUCACAAAAUACAAUACUAUCAUUGUCGUUGACGACUCUGGCUCCAUGCAGGGUGCCCGAUGGCGAGAGGCGAGAGACGCUUUGGCUGCAUUGGCAGACAUAGCUGCGAGAUACGACGCCGACGGAAUCGAUAUCUGCUUCCUCAACAGUAAGAAUGUCGGUAAUAACAUGAAGGAUUCUACUCUCAUCCGGCGACUAUUUGACACAGUAAGGCCUAAUGGCACUACACCCAUAGGCGAGAAGCUCGAAUCGUUGUUGCUGUACUACUUGGACAAUCUUGAGCAUGCCAAGUCACUUUAUGAUGCGGGCAAUCAAGCUCCUCUGAAGGCUAUCAAACCUGCUAAUUACAUCGUGAUCACCGACGGGGCACCGACGGACGACCCAGAAUCUGUGAUCGUUGCAGCGGCAAGGCGUUUGGACACUCAUAAUUUCCCUCUGUCCCAGGUUGGCAUCCAAUUUGUGCAGAUCGGGAAUAGCCCUGAUGCGACGGCGUUCCUCGAUGAGCUGGACAAUGGGCUGGCUCAAACCUACAAUAUUCGUGAUAUCGUCGACACAACACCGUACACCGGAGGGAGCCUCAGCGCUGAGAUCAUCAUCAAGAUAUUGCUUGGAGGAAUUAACCGACGAGUCGAUCGCAGGGGUGGCCAAAGCGUGGUCUAAUGGUGGCUCCUAGAUACCUGUACCUAUACGAAUGUGUAUCAAGUAAUCAUGCGAAGUUGACUCGAUCGUACUCUUCUUACCUUCCCUGAUUGUAGCCUUUAAUGCUGUAGCAUGCGUUUACUCUUAUCUCUACCUGCUUAUUUGCGUGUUGU